GAGCCUCGGUCCCAGACACCUUGCUUUUCCCUCAGCUUGCCUCAGCAUCUCUGCUCUCGCUCCUCCGCACGCCUCCAACACCGCAACAAAGAAUGGCCUUUGCCGGAAAAUGGGAAACAGAGAACCAGGAGGGGUACGAGGCUUUCUGCAAGCUGCUGGGUAUCCCCGAUGAGAUCAUUGAGAAGGGCCGUGACUACAAGCUGAUCACAGAGGUCACACAGGACGGGGAUAACUUUUCCUGGACUCAGAUUUACCCCACCAACGCCUCGGUCACCAACAAGUUCACCAUCGACAAGGAGUGCGACAUGGAGACCAUCGGAGGAAAGAAAUUCAAGGCCACCGUGCACAUGGAGGCAGGCAAGCUGAGCGUGGCCUUCCCCAAGUACCACCACACCUCUGAGAUCAGCGGCGGCAAGCUCAUCGAGACCUCCAAAUCCGGCUCCGUAGUGCUGAAGAGAACCAGCAAGAAGAUCUAACCUUUGACCUCUUGAACAGUUACAACGGAGACCUCAGCUACUACUGCAACGAAUAAACAAUAAAUACAAAAAUAUCAUACAAACAUGAA